GAAGUGAAGCGCAUGACCAAUGAGCCCGAUGGAUUUAACAAAAGCCCAUGCCCCAACUCUUCGAAUGAGAGAUAUCAUCACUGCCGCAGGUUCGAAUAUUAUACUGCUGCAGAUACGAGCCACAGCAAUGAGUCCGCUGAUUCGGAUCCUUCAGAUGGUUCCAGAAAAAGCGCAAUACCAAACCUCCUUAGUUCCAUUAGUGUCCGUAUGUCCACUAAUACAGAAGCCUGUAAUUUUUCUAAGAGCACUCCUCUGAUCGAUGCAUUUAGUCAUCUGAAGCUCUAUCCCAAUAUAGCCUUUGACUCUAAAGCAACUCUUUCAGGCCUCAAUGAAGGAGAAAGGGAAGAAGCCAAAUAA